AUGGCGUCCACCUUGGAAUCUGAAGCCUCAUUCAAGGCCAGAGCAAAGGAGAUUGGGUUGGCCGAGACAGUUGUGAAUGAACUGGUCGCAAAUGGCGUGAGAUCUUUCGGAUCAUUGGCCUUCAUCACCCCCUAUCGACCGGGCCAGUCCGACGAGGCCCCACUGAUAGAGGCUUUAAAGAAGGUGCUGAAUAGGGACCCAACAAACCCAGAGUUGAUCAUUUUGAGACGCUUGUUUUUCGAGAGUUGCACAUUAGCUUUGUCCGACAUGAAGCAGCGCACUGAACGUGACGACACUUCAGAGCCAGCAAGGAUGCCAGUCGCUGAAAGAAACGCAAGGUUGAGUGAUCAGAAAAACCGACUUAAUGGUCUCCAUUUUUCUCCAGAGAAUGAGCCGAGUCACAAGCUGGUCGACAUGAUUUGUCAGAUGGGGGUUGAUCAAACUCUUGAAUGGAUCCCUUGGGAGCAGUUGACUAGCCGCGCAGCCGAAAUCACUCAUUCGCAGAAGGACUUCAAGAUCUCUUUCGACUCCCAAGGUGGAUUGAAAGUUGCGCCCAAGCAUCAGACACCAGAUGCAGUCAUCACAGGAGAGAUGAAAGUCCGUCAAGCCCUCAAUCGAAAAUCUGCCAAUGAGAACAAUCAUGCAAGUUAUGCGAACCCUUCAAAAGGGAAGGGAAAAGGACAUGGUGUGAAGAAGGACUUCAACAAGGACAAGGGCGCAGGACAGCAGUUGCAGUUGCCUCCAAAUUGCAAUCAGAUGACAAAGGAUGGAAAGCCCAUUUGUGAAAGCGAGUAUCUGCUGCUCCUUUGUCAGCGAUUCGUUGCACUCAUCAAGAGCCACUUGGUGUCAACGUUUUCCUUCAAUCCGCAAGUCGCGCAGCCUGGAGCGCGCCAGCAAUCUCGCAAGCAUCGAGCUUUGAUUCCCGAAUACCAUAGGUUCCAUUUGUCACUGCCAGAGCACGCCAGAGAAGUGCUGAAAGGUAAGAGAUUGCUCCUGUUCAAACAUUUGCUCCAAGAAUCCGGGUGCCCUGACCUGGAAGCCUUCGACUUAAUGCAGGGAGUACAUCUCGUGGGGGUGGCAACAAGAUCGCCCUUUUUCGGAGACAAAAUUGUGCCAGCUACCACCACGCCAGAGUUUGCUGUGUUGUCAAACAAAUGGCAACGGAAAAAGAUCGAAGCAAAGAACAUCCAUGCUGACGAUCCUGAGCUGUCCAAAACCCUAUGGGAAACGACUAUGCAGGAAGUUGACCGCGGUUUUUUGCAAGGGCCGUACGAGUCGCUUGAAGAGGUGCACCAAGUCUUGGAGGCCAAAGGCACAGUGUGUAGUAGAAGAUUUGCCAUAAUGCAGAGUGGGAAACCUCGCAUAAUCGACGACUUGAAGGAGAGUGGUGUAAAUAGAGCUUUCACAGCAGUAGAUCGCUUGACCUUGCACGACAUUGAUUAUGUGACUUCCUUUUGCCAUUUCAUCACGACUACCAUCAAACAUGCUUUGGAAUCCUCGGAGAAAACAGUAGAAGUGAAGUUGAAGGAUGGUUCAAUUCUUCGAGGUUCAUUGCAUUCAGACUUCCAUGAGCCAUGCGUGUGGAAGGGCCGUUGUAUUGACCUGUCAAAGGCAUACAAGCAGAUCCCUGUCAGCAGCCAGUCCAGGAAGUUUGCAGUGCUGAUGGUGCACCAUUUCGAGACAGAGAGGCCUGUGUAUUUCCUGAGCCGAAGCUUGCCCUUUGGGGCAAGUGCGAGCGUUUUUGGUUUCAACCGCAUCUCCAAAAGCUUGUGGCACAUUGCUACGAAAGGAUGCUUGAUGAUGGGAGGCGUGUUUUUCGAUGACUUCCCUAUCGUAGAGCCGGAGUCCUUGUGCUCCCUUGCAUCGAAAUCGGUAGAGGGUUUGCUGAAAGCUUUGGGGUGGCAAUAUUCAGAUGAUCCGAAGAAAGUCGUUCCCUUCGAUUGUGCUUUUGACGUGCUUGGAACCAGGAUUGAUGUUUCAGGACUGCAUGGAAGAUCUUUCAGCAUAGAAAACAAGCAGUCAAGGUUGGAAAGAAUAGAUGCCUUGCUGAAAGAAGUGCAAGAAGCAGAUGCGAUUUCCAAACGCCAAGCUCAGGUGAUCCACGGAAACUUGAACUUCGCGAUGAGCUUCUUUUUGGGACAUACCAUGAGAAUUGCUGCCAGAGCGUUCGCUGCCCUUACGAUGGACAGUUGCAAACCGGCUCCAGGCCAGAUCACUGACCUGUGUACAUGGGCCACGGGGGUUUUGCAGUUUUUGGCACCAAAGGUCAUAGAUCCCAGUGGUGAUCCCAGACCGGUUGUCCUUUUCACAGACGCUGCGUAUGAAGAUGAUGUAGCGACUUGGGGAAUGGUUUUGCUGGACCCUGUCACCGACACCAGAACCGCUGUGGGUGGCCGAGUUCCAGACUUCCUUGUGCAGAAAUGGCAUGCAUUGGGGAGUGAUCAGGUGAUAACGCUUGCCGAAGCUUUUGCCGCGUUGCUGGCGCGGAUUGUCUUCAGAAGCUAUAUAUCUCAACGGAGAGUCUUGAUUUUUGUAGACAACGAAGGAGCUCGUCACUGCCUGAUCAAGGCUACAAGCCAGACGUUAGCUUUGUUGCAGAUAGUACAACUUUUCCAUGGCUGCGCUGAAGUUGAUCGCUGCAUACCUUGGAUAGAACGAGUGCCAUCAGCUUCGAAUGUUGCAGACUUGCCAAGUCGAAACAAGACCGAAGAAGCCAUAGCCAUAAUAGAUGGCAGUCCUUGGACCUCAGAAGUGGAUGUAGAAGCUGUGGCUGAGAUGUGUUGCAAUUUCAAUGGAUUGCCCAGGAUCCUAACGAAACUUACAUGCAAUGCCUUUGAAGCUUCUUUUGAUCCACUUUUACAUGACGACAACACAGGGGACUAAACGGGUCAUGUGCCAUUGCA